AGCCCCUAGGCAGCGGCGGCGAGCUCGCCAGUGCCGCAGCGGGGCGAAGGGCGCACGGGGCGUUGGCACCAGGGCGCGCGCCUGCGUCGCUGACUUAGAUGCGGCUAGGACGCUUCUAUGCCUGGUGCACUAGACGCGAGCUAUUCAACAGCUGGCCUUGCGGGCAGCUUUCGCAGGGAGAGACUGGGAGUAUUGACGGUGGCGACUGUGGCGGCUGGAAGGAGGCGGCGGCAGCGGCGGUGGCUGUGGUAGCGGUACGGUUAUCCCAGAGUGGAGACGCAACGGCUCCUGAGGCUCCCGGUAUUCUGAAGACAACAUGACAGUCACAGUGGUAUAUGAUAACUCAGAGGCAACAGAGCUCUGUGCAGCUCAGCACCUCUACCUCAAGCCCAUAGCAAAACUGAUGAUCAACGUUUUGCUACCAGAGAGUCUCGAACCUGUAAGGCCCUUCUCUAACUGGGAAGUUCUUGACCAGCUGAAGAGCUUGAUUUGUCCAGACCAGUUCACCACAGUUCGGCUCUCCAAGAGUACAAAAGACUUUAUCCGAUUUGAGGGUGAGGCUGAAAACCGAAGUUUGGUUCAGAUCCUGAAGGCAAAAUUACAUGGGAAGAUCAUCAAGCUAAAUGGCUUGAAAACAGACUUAAAAGUAGUGGUCACAGAUGCUCAGGGAGAGUGGGAGCACUUCCCCAAGGACAAAGAGGCCUUGUUGAUUGAUGAGGCAGAAGAGCAAAACCAUGAUAAAAGCCCAGAUUCCAUAUAUUUUGAAGGCUUACCCUGCAAAUGGUUUGCACCUAAAGGUUCCAGUGGGGAGAAGCCAUGCGAAGAGAUUCUCCGGGUGGUUUUUGAAAGUUUUGGGAAGAUCAAGAAUGUGGAUAUCCCUAUGCUUGACCCCUACAGAGAAGUGAUGACGGGUGGGAGCUUUGGGGGCUUUAACUUUGGUUUGCAGACAUUUGAGGCCUUCAUACAGUACCAGGAGUCAACUGAUUUUGUAAAAGCCAUGGAGUCCCUUCGAGGAAUGAAACUGAUGCUUAAAGGAGAUGAUGGGAAAGCUCUAGCAUGUAACAUUAAGGUUAUGUUUGAUACAACCAAACACUUCAGUGAAGGAGCUAUAAGGAAAAGAAAUCAGGAAAGGCUAAAAUUGCAGGAGCUGGAGGAAGAAAGAAAAAAGGAAAAGAAAAGAGAAGAGGAAGUGGCUGAAAGGAGAAGAAAAGAUGAGAAGAAAGCCCAGGAAAAGAAGAGGAAGGCGAGGGUCAGAAAGCAAGCCUUGAAGGAAAGGAACAGACACCGGCAGAGGAAACAGAAGAACAAAGCCAAAGCCGAGGAACCACAGGAGCCAGACUCAUUGGAGGAGUGGGAGGGACGGAAGUACCUGCUGGCUCAGAGGCGGGUUGAGGCUCUUCGCUUGCUUCGGGUACUUCUUAGAAAAAUUUCAUCUAGCCCACAGGAGGGCGAUGUUACAGGCGCCAACGUUAAUCAUGAUCCAGGGAACACAUCGGAAACUUUGGAGGAAGGAGAGUUAAGCCCUCAGCAUCUUCAAAGUCCAGAGGAAAUGCCAAAACAUCAGGAUGCCAAGUCAGGCAAUAAACGAAAACACAAAAUGAAGAAAAGAAUGAGAUCUCGCUUACAUAAAUCUCCCCACCACCUUAGGAAAAAAAAAUUAAGAUAUUCAACUAGAAAAGAGAGAACUGGAAAGUUAUUAACUGAUGGAUACAACCAUGGUUUGGCUUUUGACCAGAAUUCCUCAGAGUCUGCAAUGAUUCAAGGUCAGUCUCUUGAGAAAGACGACCACUACAUUUCUAAUAAAUCCUAUUAUUCUACAUUACCUGAGAGGGAAGGUGGAAGGAAACAUAAAAUCUAUGAAACAGAUGAAUUCAUUGACUAUCUGCUAAACUAUUAUCAAACUCCAAAAUACGCCCGUAUCUACCUAGAACCAAGUCCCAUAACAGACGAGUGUCAGUGGCAGAGGGAUGUCUACGUGAAAGGGAAUGGAUUUCAGGUUCAUUUGAGAAAGCGUAGCCAUCACUCAACCAAUUUGGGUCAAAUGCAAAAACUGGAAGGGAGAGAGGAGGUUCAAGAAGAUGAUUACUGGUCAAAGAUUUAUACUCAAGAUCCUGAGCAUACCCCACAAAAGGGAGGAAAAAUGGAUGACAAAGAAUGUACUAAUGGAUUUGAAAAUCAUUGCAAGGACACAGCUAGUGAAGUUGGUGAUCAGCUGUUGUCCCCAACUGAUGUCAAUAGCCAUCUGUUAGAAAAGACUCACACUUACCACGUUGAAGAUUCCGCAUCCACAAGGAAAAGCCAAGUGUCCUCACCCUACAGGUCAGUAGGCUCAGAUCUGCAGUUGACAGAUUUCUUAGAGGAAAUUAGCAGUGAUUCUGAAUGCUUCAGUGAAACCCUUAGUGUAGACAAAGAGGAGAAAGAUGAAUCGGUGGCCACGUGUCACAGCUCCCCAGAAAAAGGACCUCUUGACGCUGAUGAAAUCAUCAGUUGCGAACAGGCAACUAGGUCAAGUCAGGAGACCUUCUCUCCUGAGGGGAAACAUGAUGAUGAAGAAAACGACUCUAAACACAAGCUUAGGGCACCAGGAAAGAAGUCUAAGUAUGAACUUGAGGGUGAAAGCAACUUCAUUAGAGAUGAAAAGAACAGCAAAAAGAGGGAAAAACUAGACCCCACAUACUUGUUUGAUGAAGGCUACUACCACGAACCCAGUUCCAGUAAUCCAAUAGAGAACAUGACAAGGAAGAAGAGGAGGCUUAGUGGUGAUUCAUUUGACCAGAAAGUGAACUAUAGAUCCUCUUGUGUGCCAGUGCCAUUGUUAAAAAGUGCUAAUGCUUUCUGUUUGGGUGAUUUUCCCAACAGAAGAGAGACUUCGUGGAAGUCAGAAGAUAACCAGGAAGUGAGAAAAAUUAAAAGGCAUGAGAAUUCUGAAGAUUUCAUGCUCAAUUCUGAUGGUUAUUAUAUUAGACAUGACAGUCAGGAGCAUGUGGACUAUGGAAGCUAUUUAGGAAACCAUGGUUACACUGGUUCUUUAUAUUUUGAUAGCCACUUAGAUCAGGCACGGGCUUAUUUACAAUAAACAGGUUGCAAGAAAAAAAGUUAAAACCAAAUAUAGCUACUGUAGUUAGCAAGUACAGAACAGGAGAGGAACGUUUAAAAGCCGGAGCAGGGUCAAAUACAAAACCUGUUCCUCUUGCCAAAGUUUAAAGAAUAGAUUGAAAUGACUCUAGGUGUGUUGGCAAGCUUUGGAAAUAAGAAACAUCCAGAUGCUGCAGCUUGGUAAAACAAUCUUGCAAAACUUCUUGAUCUAAGGACAGGCCUUUUUACAGUUCAAACGAAAUUUAAAUUUCAUGCCAGUGAAGGAACAUUGAGAGAGGUUGAGACAGCCCUCUAUGGCUCUUCAGCUGUCAUGACAUUGCCAUUUAGUAUCAUUUAUCUUCAAAGAGGACAACAGUGAACAAAUAAGCAUCUUUUUGCCUGUUCUUUGAUUUGCUCAGAAACACCAUAUGUGACAACAACCUUUCUUGAGUUUUAUUUAUAAAUAUAGAUAAGAGAGAUGACACCUAGAACGUAUAAUAGAUUUCUUCAUGACAUUAAAGAGCACCCACCAGGAGGAAAUUUAUAUUAUUACUAUGUUGAUAGUACUCAAAGAGUUGUCUUUUUAGAGACAAAGUCUUGGGAAAAGAAUCUAAAAGUGGCUCAUACUGUCCUUUGAGGUUUAUAUGGGGAAGGGACCAUUAAGCUGUUUUUUUUUUCCAGAACCCCAUAUCUUUCCAUAGUAGAAAAGUAGCAGGACUGAAGUGAUAUAUAGCAGUGGGAUUUACAAAGGAAAUAAUGAAUGAUCCUGGGGCAGCAAAAAUGGCACUUGGGAAGAAAGGACAUGAUGGUAUUCCAUUUUAGGUUAUGUAAUCCUUUCACUCAGGGUGGGGUGACAGCAAUUUGUAAAAAGUCACUGAAUAUUUCCAAACUGACUUUUAUAAAACAGUAAAAAGUGCCUCCUCAAUCCUCAAUAAGGCCAUGGAGUUAGGAAGAGUAGAGGGGAAAGCUUAGUUUUCUAGCUGGGAAAAAAUUGUUUGUUGUGUAGGAUUUAUAAAUUCUUAACAUAAGCAAUUUAUCUUUUUACCUACUGGUUUUGGACUUCUUAAAAUGUUUUUAAAUUAAGAUGUUUUAUAGAUUCUUAAAAGACUUACAUCUUAGUGCAAGUGCAUGUUCUAUAGAAAGCUCGGCUGAUUCAUUCUGCCUUACAUUGGAUUUAGGACCUCAGGGGCAGUAGAUUACCUUUAUUUUUCCCCAAUAAAGAUACACCUGACCUGGCAAUUGAAGACAUCAACAUUAGAGACUGUAACAGGAAAAGAUGGUUUUAAUCCACAGAAGCAGUAGAAAGCAACACUUUCAUGACAUGAUUCAUUUCAAAUUCUUCGUUUGAGAUUCUGUAGGAAAGUACCAGCUGGUAGAGCCAGGUAGAACGCCAGUCAUUGUUGAGUGCCCAGGAUGAUGUCACACAGAUGUGUGUUUAUUAUCAGCCUCUUAGCAAACCGGUACCUGAAGAGGCUACAAAAUGUCAUUUAUCCCAAGUAAGAGCCACAAGUGUUUUCACUUAUCUCUUCUAACCACAUUUUAAUAGAGGUACGUUAGUACGUGCAAAAAUUCAGAAUGAACGUAACACAGUAGAUCAUUUCUUAAUAAACACGAUUUGUUGGCUCUUCUGUGUUCAAUUUCACUUUUGAGCUAGUAAUACUACCAUCAAAACUAUGUUUGGCUUGUCAAGUCUGAAAAUGUUAUCGCUCAAAGGGCGAGUGCCUUCUCUCCUAAGGACUAGCAAUGACUAUUAAUGUUCAAAGUAUUGUCCAGAGUAGCCUUUUAAACUACUAGCAGCUUGUAUUUUGUCAGAUAUCUUUCAACAUUUAGGGAUUAUUCUCCUCCAAUGAAAACCUGACUCAUUUUUUUCAUUUCAUGCCAUUGAAGCAAAGAAUAUUAUAGAUUUGUAAUGGAAAGAAGGUAAGCUUGUUUUGGAAAAAAUAAUCUUUCUUCUGUCAUUUGAUAAUUUUUCUUUGCAGAGUUUUUAGGCAUGGAAACAAUUUACUGAUCAGUAAUCAGACAUAAAGAAUAAAUUGCAGAAUACAGCAUGUGCAGUUUUUUUUUUUUUGUAUCAUAGAACUGGUGCUAAGUCAUUUCUAUAUAACAUUUUGGUCUUGUUUGCUAAAUACUGUCCUGAGACAAAGUAAAAAUACUGGUUUUAUGUUUACUUUCUGUACAAGCCUGGAGUUUUGUAUGUCUUGUGAUAAUGCAUUCUGUAAUAGAUUUGAGUUAACCUUUUUUGUGUGUUGGCCUUAAGUGAGGAAGAGAACUUAUCCUGUACCUUUCGACUGAAAUGGCUUAAUAAGGAAAUAGAAGUGAAAAUAUCGUAACCACCUUCUUAAUUAACAUUGUUAUUCUUUGUUGUGCUGUUAUUUAAGUGGUGCAAAAGUAUUUGCUCCUUUUUUCUAUGUCUAAGGGCCUGAAUUUUAAACUUUGUCCUUUUAAAUAGGUGUUUUCAUGUUUUUCUUUGUAUGUGCUGCUGAUGGUGCUGUAAGCAAGCUAAAAAUCUGUCAGUGUAUUUCUGUUCAAUUCGUUUGAAUUUCUCAGGUAGAAAGCCAUGUAACCAGGUAAUUUUGAAAAUAAGAACCAAAUGGAUUUUCAUUUGUUGCAAAAUUGUUUGAAAAAUUAACUUUUAAAUAAAUGCUGAUAACUCCAUGGGGGGGGGCAUUCCUACCUAUAGUAUGCUGCUUUGCACUAAUGUUGCUGGUCUUUUUUCUCAUUCACAUUGUUAGAGAAAUAAUAUUUAAUUUUUAGAUAUAUUAAAAAUAAA